AUGGACGAUCUUAACGGGCAAACUGCUCCAGAAUCAACAAGAGGUCUAUUCGACCCUCCUGCGGACGUUAAGCUACCGUCACGACCUACUAGUACCUCCAACGCGGAGAAACGCCGAUCAGCGCUUGUGUUCUCUGCUUUCAGUCAUAUGAACAUUGAUAGUACCGGACAGUCGUCACAACCGCGAAGCGAACGGGGUCACCAACGCAGCCGCUCAGCUGUUAUUGCUCCUCCCUUUGAUGGAAGCCCACGAGCUAGCAAUGGAACACUUCAUACUUUGGAGGAAGAAGGAGGCAAUGUCGACAGGCGGUAUAGUCAACAACCGCUUGGAGGCAGACGGUCUACGCGGAGUUUUGCUCAGCAGGAAUCCAUUGGUUCGGCCGAUGGAUCGGAGCCUCAAUCCGCCAUGAGCUCAUUGCGAGACAUGAUCAACACGCUUAAGCAAAUGCCUCCGGACGAACCCAUGCAAAGAACCGUCUUGAGUCACCGAAAACAGCAAUCUAUGUCCUCGGUUCCCGCCUAUCCUAGGCAAAAUCGGCUAUCUCAGCACGAUACUGUCAACGCCCAAACAUUGCGCAACAUUGCUGACAACCGACGAAAUAGUGCUAUCCACAGUAAACAUUUGAGCAUGUCUGACUUUUCUCGUUUAUCGGCCAAUGAUGAUGACGAGGAUGACUUUAUGUCACGAGCUGACGCUCUUGCUGAAGCCGAGGCAAAAUUGAUGGGUACAUAUCAGAAACCAGAAAGGCAACGCGAAAAUACGGCAGACGACACAAAAAGUCAACGACGCUCCCGCCAAGUCUACGCUCAGCCUGGCGGUGGUCAAUUCAAUGUACAUGAAAAUGAAUUUUCUGAUCAAAGACACAGUCGCCGUUUGUCUGAACCAAAUGCUGUAAAGUAUGACCCACGGAGAUUUUCGGAUAUGCCUGAAACGAGUACCUCAUACACCAACAAUCGAAGUUCAAUGAGUAAUAAGCGUAUGUCGUUGCAUAUGCCUACUUUGAAUGAAAUGGGAGAAGACCCCAAUCGUCACGGCACGUCGCGCCGCAUCAACUUCAACAAGCCUCUCGAUCUCGGUCAAGAUUCGAACAAAAGACGUUCACGAAACUUUGAUGAUUGGCGAUCCAGCGCUUCACCUAUUGUUCCAUCUUCACGGAAUCCCGCAAAUAGAAACUCAUUCCAUUUAGUGCCGUUUACGCCUACAAAAGUCAACUUUACUCGUGAUGAUGCUAACCCGCAUCAACGACGCCCGUUGUUCACUGCGCAUCUGCCUUUUUCAGCUUUGACCCCUCUACUCAAGUCUAGACAACUCGUCCGUGGCAGUUUGAGAGUGAACAAGCGCAACCGUUCCGAUGCAUAUGUUACAACGGACGAUUUGGAUGCCGAUGUGUAUAUUUGUGGCUCACGCGAUCGAAAUCGUGCUUUGGAUGGCGAUGUUGUGGCUAUCAAGUUAGUGGAUGUUGACCGCGUCUUACGAGAGAAAAAAGAAAAAGAAGAAGCCAAGCUAAUUCGUAAUGGUGGUCAACCACGAGUUCGAAAGCCUGAUGAAGAAGACGACAAUGAGAUUGUCUUCGGCGGUGAUGAAGAUAUUGAUAAAGUCAAGCCCAAGUACUGUGGUAUCGUCGUAGCUAUUCUCGAGCGCGCGCAGAAUCAAGUAUUCUCAGGCAUUCUCACUCUGAUGAGACCCAAUAACAAGCGUGCACAAGAAGAGAAGGCCGCAGAGGAAGCUCGUAGAAUGAGCGGGGAUGGUCAAUUUGAACACAAGGAAACUCCUAGAAUCGUAUGGUUUAAGCCUAGUGACAAGCGUGUUCCUCUCAUUGCCAUUCCUAUUGAACAAGUUCCCGAAAAUUUUGUUACCGACAGCGAAGGCUAUCAACAAAAACUCUUUGUGGGGUCCAUCAAGCGAUGGCCAAUCACGUCUUUGCAUCCCUUCGGUGUACUCGAACGGGAAAUUGGUCUUGUUAGCGACAUUACUGUUCAGACCCAAGCAUUACUGGCAGACAACAAUGUUACGGAUUCAGAUUUCAGUGAAGCUGUGAUGAACUGUCUUCCGGAAUUGCCUUGGACACCAGAAGACUCCGAUCUUGAGGACAGAAGAGAAUUCAAGGAUGUUCGCGCCUUCACCGUUGAAGAGCAGAAGCAAGCUGAUAUCUUGGAUCGUGCUCUAUCUAUCAUCAAAGUUGGAGAUGACACCUAUGAAAUCGGUCUUCAUACGGCUGAUGUUGCUCACUUUAUCAAGCCACACUCACCAUUGGAUAAGGAAGCCAGAGCCAGAGCCACUGUGGUUGAGGUUGUAAAUAAAACCGUGCCAAUGCUUCCCGCAGAAUUGACAAGCCAAGUCACCAACCUUGUAGCUGGAAAGGACAGAUUGGCUUUCUCUGUUGUCUGGACUAUGAAUUCCGCCGGCAAAGUGUUGGGAACAUGGAUUGGAAAGAGUGUCAUCAACGCGGCUGCUAACUUGAGCCUUGAUGAUAUUCAACAGGUCGUUCAAGGGUCCCACCUGUCUCAGACAGACGAAACGUCCGAAGAAGAGUUACUUGCGUUGGAACAAGAUAUUCAACUCUUGCAUAAAAUCGCACAACUUGUGCGGGAAUCUCGCUCCACGAAAGGCAUCUUUACAGCGGAAAAGGAACACCUCAAUAUCAAUUUGAAAGACAAUCUUCCUGCAUCUAUCGAUAUCACUGAACCACAUCCCAUGGUAGAAUUGGUCAAUGAAUUUGAAGUAAUGGCCAACAUUCUGGUGGCACAAAAGAUUUCAAGCAAUUUCCCUGAACAAGCUUUACUUCGUCGCCAAGGUGGUCCUCACCAGAGAAAGAUGGAUGAACUUUACGAGUAUGCUGAAUCGUUAGGUUAUCCUUUGAACGAUGAAUCACCUGGUGCACUGCAAUCAUCCCUCGAUGAGAUUGAAGAUCUUGAAAUUCGACACGGUCUUACUGCAUUGGUGCUCAAGACACUGCAGCCACCAAAAUAUUUCUGCACUGGUGUUUUCGACAUUAUCAAGUAUGCUCACUUUUCUCUCAAUACACCAUUGUAUACACACUUUACAAAACCAUCACAUCGAUAUGCCGACAUCAUCAUUCAUCGUCAAAUGGAAGCUACUCUAGCUGGUGAAAAACGUUUCUAUAUCGAUCGCGAUACUAUUCAAACCCUUUCACAGCAUUGCAACGUGAAACAAGAAGCUGCACGCUGGGCCAAAUAUCAAAGUGGUCAACUUUUCCUGUCACGAUAUCUGCAAGGUGUCAUGAAGCGACAGGGUACAUCAGCGGUCACUCACGAAGCUCUGGUUGUGGCCGUCUUCGAUCAUGCAUUUGACGUUGUGCUGCCUGAAUAUGCACUAGAACGCCGUAUUCAUCUGGAUAAUCUCCCCAUCGAAGCCCACAAAUUGGAUAGUGAGGGAGGAACCCUGACCCUGGCGUGGAAGAAAGGUGUUCGUACCGAAGGACACGCCGCUGUCCGUCAAAGAGAAUGCUCUUCCGAUGAUGACGAUAAUACAUCUCUUGUUGAUCUUAACUAUAACGAUGUGGACCCCGAUUUGGCUGACACUGUACAUAAACUUGGAGUAAACUUAUCGGACCGUCGAACCAGCAUUAAUGGACACAGGAAACGAAUGUCCGUUGUACUUUCAACAGAGAGCGUCUAUGAUGAUCAGAAAUGUACACAGACCAUCAAGGCACUCGACAAAAUCAAAGUUGUUAUCAUGGUUGAAGGGGACCGUACACCACCUGUGAUCAAGCUCCUUGCUGCCAAUAAUUUUGCUUAA